GCUGGCAGCACGUGGGGAGAGUAGGGGGCCCCCAUGUGAUCGGCCAUUCCUCCUCCCAAGCCGCCUCCCCAACGCCCCUCUUACGCUCAGCCCGCGGUGCGGAGAGGAGAGGAUUGCCAGUCGGGUUUGCGUUGCACAGGCAAUCGCGGGUGCCGCCGUCACCGCCGCGAGCGACAGGGACCCGGCAUCAUGGCUUCUGGAGUAACAGUGAAUGAUGAAGUUAUAAAAGUUUUUAAUGACAUGAAAGUACGGAAAUCUUCAACGCCAGAAGAGAUUAAGAAAAGAAAGAAAGCGGUUCUCUUCUGUUUAAGUGGUGACAAGAGACAAAUAAUUGUAGAAGAAGCAAAGCAGAUACUAGUUGGUGACAUUGGUGACACAGUGGAGGACCCAUACACAUCCUUUGUGAAGCUGUUGCCUCUGAAUGAUUGCCGAUAUGCUUUGUAUGAUGCAACGUAUGAAACAAAGGAGUCUAAAAAAGAAGACCUGGUAUUUAUAUUCUGGGCUCCAGAAAGCGCCCCUUUAAAAAGCAAGAUGAUCUACGCAAGCUCUAAAGAUGCCAUUAAAAAGAAAUUCACAGGUAUUAAACAUGAGUGGCAAGUAAAUGGCUUGGAUGAUAUUAAAGAUCGUUCAACGCUUGGAGAGAAACUAGGAGGCAAUGUGGUAGUUUCACUGGAAGGAAAACCAUUAUAAAAGGACAGUCAAGUGCCAUCUGGAGCUUCCAUUUCUACAGCUCAUUCAAUUGGAAUAGCAUUAGUCCCAUUUACCUCACCUGCCUGGACCCUGCACCUCUGAAGGAGAUAUCAUUAAAUUAAGUGAUCUACCAAUGAUUGCCAUUAGACUGUUUUUAAACCUGAUAGUUUUAUGUAGCUUCCAAGGAAUGCCUCUACGUCAUACUGUUAGAGAAAGUUUAUGAUGUGGUAUUCUUUGAAAAUGUGUAGAAUGAAUGUGGUAGUUGAUGUGGAUAGUCUAGCCUAGUAAUAAAAGGGUUAAGCUAAUUGAUUGCCUUUAAAGUAUUGUCGGAUGGUAGACUCUAUUCAGUAUUAUUUACAGUUGCACAUGAUUGCAAUUCCAUGAGGCUCUUGUGCAUUCAUACACCUCACCUGCCUUGACAAGACUUAUUUGUGACAUGGCGGCACACAACACUAUGCAUUUAAAGCACUUUUUUGUGAUUUUUGAUUCUCUCCCCCAAUGCCAAUUAAGUUUCUAUAAUUGUUUCAUCAAACUCUUGUAGUAUCUCGAACUUCAUUCCUGUUACAUGCAUAUCUUUAUAAAUUAAGUAGCUUUUAUUAUGCCUUCUGUUUUUGUGUUGAAUGUACACUACUGAACAGGAGUAGGAACUGUCGGUUUUCCUUGGAGGUUUUGCAACACUAAAAGAUAUUUUGUAAAACAUCAGUCCUAAUGGCAAUUUCUGCAUUAAAAAAGAGCCUUAAAAUGGAAUGCUGUUUUUGAGAUCAAAUAUAUUGGCCACACUGCAAUAAAACCUGUGGCUUAAUACAGAAUGUUGCCUUGUUUUCAUUGGAAAUUGAAAUAUGUUAAACAUUUUGCACAGCUUUUUAAGUAUUUAUUAUAAAAUACCCCAGGGUCACUGUCACUUAACUUCAGUAAUACAUUUCUGAUCCUGUUUGAAUUAUUUGGGUAACGGGACCUUUCCCCAAAUCUAUACUCUCCUUGCUAUGCACUGUUAAGAGACAUUAGACUGUUGCCUACAACUCACAUUGGGAAUGUGAAAGGGAAAUGGUGCACUGUUACGAAAUGCUGUUAAAAGUUAAGCAUGUUAGUUUCACACCACCUUCUUUUGUCAAGUCACAGAGUAACUUCAGUGAACUUUUGUGCUAAUAAGACGGGAGAGUCCUUGCAACUAAAUCUUGCAUCAGGGACAUGAUUUGGCACAGAGCCAAAUACUGCUGUCCUUAUAGAGAACUUGAUCUGCUCUGUGCAAGCAGUCCUCCGUUAGCUAGAGCUAUUUAUGGCAAACACAUGCUUUUGUAUCUUGUCAUCAGUUCUCCACAAAUGGCAAAACUGGACAUGAUUCUACUGGUAUGUGUAAAGGAACUCUGUUAGGCAGCCAAUUGCUUGCUGAAGUAUACAUACGACUAGGAGGAAUGCUUUCAUCAAAAGGAAUAGGACCUGAAAACGGUUAAGAUUUCUUAAAGAAGAUGACAGCAAAUUUAUGUAGAUGUUUGAUGAUAUUUUUACUUGUGUCUGGGGAAAGAUAAAAACAGACAAUAGUAAAAUAUAUUUAUAAAUUGAUGUAAUUUUCAGAUUGUUCCCAUCUAGAACUUUUUCACUAUUUCAAGCUUUCAGCUGUCUCUGACUUACUAGAAGUGAAAUGUAUAUCUUUUUAGAAUACUGACUGACCUCUAUUACAGAAUUUAAGGAAUGCAAACUGUUGUUAGAUGUCUUGGUUUUGUAGCAGAAAAGAAAGUUUUCCUAUCCUUUAUAGGAGAUGAUUGGGAAAUGUCCUUAUUGUCCCAUGUCUUUCAAAGAUUUUGCCAUAUGUUCCCAUAAAAGCCUGGUUGCUAUAAAAAUCUACUUUCUGCUUAGUCAUUGUGUAAUCAAGGACUAUACAUCUUUCCUUCUAAAAUGAAAUGGUGAUCUACUGCAUUACUAGAGAGACCCCCAAAACUUUUGAAUGUAUGUUUACCUGAAAAAAAUAUAUACAGAGCUCUUUGUAGCCUAUCUGUAACAUAAAGUAGUUUUUCUGUUCAUGUAAUCCUCUGCUAAUAAUGUUACUGGUGUUUGCAAACUGUGUUGAACAUAUGUCUGAAGCUUUAAACUGAAUAUUGAAGACGGUUUCCUUUAAAAGUAUGCCUACUUGUUUAUUCAGACAGACUUCACAUGGACUUUGUAAAAUUUAAGUUACUUUGAUAGUACUGAAUCUCUCAUUAUGGUAGCUUUGGUACAAAAGUUUUAAGACCUGUUUAUUGCUGAAAAUGUACUGAUUAAGUUCCAGUGCAAUAAACUAUAGCUUGCUUUUGGAAAUGCCA